AUGGCCAAGGAAUACGCACUAACCUUAAUUAGUUUAACUGAACAAAGGGAAACUAUUAGGGCAAGCAAAAAAGACAAGGAUAAAUUAAAACAAGUUGAAGAAGACAUUAAAGAGACGAAGAAAAAGCUAAACGAUAUGUAUUUUGCUAUUAAACAUGUAUAUUCGUCUGUUAAUUUAAAAUUUGCAAAAGAAUUGUAUUUAUUUGAAAAUGAAAUUCAUGUAAACAUUUUUGAAGAAAAAGAAUUAGGCAAUGUAAAAACCAUAAUGGAACUAAAAAAGUAUUUGGAGAAGAUGACAAGAUAUUACAAAAAAACGUUUAUGAAAAAUAAGUUAGUUGAGAGUUGCACAUAUAUUAACAACAAGAAUAUUUUACGUAAACAAAUUGAAAUAUUAAAAUAUACAUACAAAUUAGUUUUAAUAAAAUUGUACUACAGGGAUUAUGUAAAAUUUUUCAAAAAAUUAAUAAUAAAUACAGAGAAAGACCUUUUUUAUUUUUACAUCCCUUUUAAUGCUCUCCUUAAUUUUAAAGAGGAUGUCUACUAUAUGACUUAUGAAAAUUAUGGAGCUAAUAUAACAACAAAAAAAGAGUUAUACAAUGAAAAGGAUGCACCAGAUGGGAAAAAUGGGUAUGAAAAAACUCAAGCACAAGUUGAAGAAGGUAAUAACAUUAAGAAUACUCCCAAUUGUGAGCAUUAUUCAGAUUUGGUAGGUGCCAAAUGUAGUCAUGCUUUUUCCAAGAACAUGAUAACAUUUAUGAACAACAUAGACGUUUCUUUAGAAAAGAAUAUAGACCAUUCUAUCAAGGAGUUACGAAAAAAAAUGAUACAAAUAGCGGAAAAGCAAAAUGGAGUAAAUUCUUGCAGGGAUGUAAUUAAAGAGUUAAAAUAUAAAAGUUAUGACAAGAUUUCCUUUGACCAAGGAAAGUCAUUUGAAGAAUUUAUGAAAAAUGAUACGGAAAAAAAAGUACAUACAUUUAUAGAAGAUGAAAAAAAAAAGAAAAAAAAAGACUUUUAUGAAAAUAAAAAUAUUUUUGAGCAUUUUAUUUUUUUUCAUAUAGAAAAAAUAUUAAAUGUUAAAAGGAAAUUAGAAGAUAAAUUGAAAGAGUUUCUAACCACAUUUAAUACAUUUCAAAAUGACAAUUCCCAUUCGAUUAUUUUACAAAUUGGGAAUGAAAUGAAGCAUAUAUUUAUCUUACUAAGUGAGUACAUAAAUUUGUACUCAUUCAUUUACUCCAACAUGAACAGCUACUAUGCAACAGUGAGGGAAUUAUUUUCUUUAAACUAUUUUAAAGAAAUGUCAAAAGAAAAUAAGGAGUAUAUAGCUGAAAAUAUUGUACAAAAAAUCGGACGAUUAAAUAUGUCCCUUUUAACUUUUAAGAAUGAGAAAAAUAAUUAUGAACAGUUCAUAAAAAAUGUAAAAAAAAAAAAAAAAGACACAGAAAUUAUGCACAAUUCAGAAAAAAGGAAACUUAGUCGAAAUAAUGAAGAGCAAUCAAAAGAAAACAGAACGAGCAAAAGUUCUCACAUAAGUAGCGGGAAAAAAAAUGUUUCGAAAAACUGUGAUGAAAAGGACUAUCCAUGGUUUACCCAACAUAUUGAAGAGGAAACUUAUUUCUCAGAAGAAGAGAGAAAAAAAAAGAAAGAACUUUAUGACACUUUAAUAAACAAAGAAAAUAAAUAUCUACAUAAUUUAAAAAAUAUAAUGAAACUACUGAAUAAUUAUAAGAAACAAAAAAAUAAAAAAAUUACGGUAAAUAAUAUUUCGUAUAUAGAUAAAGUAGAAAGAGAACCAAUCAUUUUUGCUUCAAAAUAUAGACAAUAUCAAAUUGUGCAAUUUUACAAAACUACCUUGCUGUUCAUAAAAAUUGCAAUUAUAAAAAGAUUGUUACUUCGUAUAAAAAGGAAAAUACAAUUUUUAAGAAAAUUUUCCGCAUCAGCAUUUUUGUUUAAUAAACAUUUUUUAUACAAUAUUUACAACAAUUCUUAUGAAGCUCUUGUGAAUAAUUAUAAAAAAAGCAUAAAUACAAACUUUUGCUUUGACUUAAUUUUAGAAAACCUGGAUGGUCAAAUGAAACAUAUGGACUUUUCGAAUGUACUUAUAAAAUAUAUGAUCUACAUUUUUAGCCUAAACCCAAAAUUCAUGAGCACCCAUCUUAGUAAUGAUAAUGAACAAAUACUAAAUGAGUUGUACAAAAAUAUUAGUAGUCUGAAUAAUUUAAACGACACAAAAAUUUUCUUACAAAAAAAUCAUGUAUCAUAUAAGGUGAGCAUGGGUUUUCUACCUGAGGGUAAAAUGCAUGACUCGUUCAGAAUUGUCUACUCCUAUUUGUACAAUAUAUUUAGUAAUGAUGACAUUUCAGGAUAUAUUUUAAAAAACUUCGAAUACUGGAAAAGUUACCAUGGAGGUAGUAAUAAUGACAACUAUGUAUCACACAUAAAAGAUGAGGAUAUUUACUCAAGGAAAAAAAUGAAACAAUUCCUUUUCAAAGAUGUAAACAAUAUGGAGAGCGAAUUUAAUGCUAUAAACGAGGAAACAACUAUAUCAUCAAAUAAUUUUUGUUCUUAUUUAGAAUUUCCUUUAAACUUAAUUAACAAUACAUUUCUUAUGAAUUCGUUAAGUGAGUCUUACAAGUACAUUUUAUAUAAAACUCAGCAAAGUCAAAUUUUAAAAAUAUAUUAUCACGGUAAGUAUAAGCACUUAACAGUUUUUGAAAAGCUUCUCCUCCAAGUUGUUAGCAAUUAUGCCAUGGCCCCGUACAACAAUCUAAAAAUUAAAAUGAUGAAUGCUUUUUGUUUAAAAAAGGGCAGUGGGGCAUAUGCAAAGAGUAACGGAACUAUACCAAUCGUAGGUAAUAGGACAAUUGCCGACUGGGGAUCAUUUUCCGACAGUGAAACUGCCUCAAGUGAAGAUAUGGUAAAACAUAAAACUGGAACUAUUCAAAACGAAAAUUAUGUACAUAAUAGCGUGAUAACAAUUUCUUGCUCCGAAAUAAAGUCAUACCCUACUGGUGGGGUUUCUACCUUACCAAGUGCAGCACUAAAAUAUGACUACAGUUCAGACAGGAUUACUAUAAAUAAUAAUCUACAUUAUAAAGUGUCGGAAAUCAAUUCCGUAAGUAAGGAGUCAUAUAUGGGGAAAAAAUUUAACAACGAUACACGUUCGUAUGAGUCCUUUAUGUGCGAUUUGUCGGAGGGGAAUAAAAAAAAAAAAAAAAAUAAUAUUUUCCAUUUUAACAUAAAAGUAUGUUCAAAAUGUGCAAUUAAUAUACUCCCACUUGAGUUAAGUGAAAAAACUGAUACAACAGUUAAUCUCGAAUUAUACCAAUUUUUUGUCAAUGGAGAAAGAGGAAAUUCAUUGGAGGAUGUUAACAAAAUGGACUUAAUAAAAGAAGAAAAAGUGUGCAAUGACAUGCACUGUUCAUAUUUUAAAAAUGACCCAUUUGUUGUACAUGGUAAUGAUAAAAGAAUGCUAAUUGAUGCAUGGCAAUGCAAGGAAAUAGCUAGCCAAAAGGAAAUUUUCCAAGAAAAAGAGUCCUUUGAACAUUACUAUUUAGUUUUAAAUUUGUUGUACGAAUAUAACUUGAAUAAAAGAGAAAAUCUUUCAAAUAUUAAAAACAUAGAAGAGGAAAUCUCUAGUUUGUAUGUGAAGGUAAAGUUGUAUGAAGAGAAUAUUUCGUAUGUGAUUAGUCAAAAAAAUAAGGAAAAAAAGAAAUAUCCAUUUUUUAGAGUACAAGAAGGGGAAAAUGACAUGAACAGGCAAUAUAAAAAAGACGUUUCAAUCAUGGUCAAUGAAAAAUAUAAAUUCUUGCUGGAUAUUUAUAAAAACAUUUUGCAGUUGUAUACAAAGAGCGAAAAUGAUCUCAUGAGUUUAAAAAGGGCAAAUGAAAAAAAACAAGUGAUAAUGAAACUUGUUGAAUUAAAUAAAUAUGCUUUGUUCAUGCAAAACAAAACAGAAGAUUUAUGGAAAUACAUUUUUUACCAUCAGGAAUUAUUAAAAUAUAUACAAAAGCAACAUAACUGUUGUGAUGCGUACAUGAAAGAGAUGAAGGUCCAUUUUGAAUAUUUACCUAGGUUUUAUUUUUCUGACAGUGUGCAGGAAAAUAAAAAAAUAUUGGAGUACCUAUAUAUAAGUGUGUGUAAUUUGUACAAUGAUAUUAUAAGGUGCGAAAAAAACACAAAAAUUAUUAUGGACAGCUUUAAAAGUGUUAAGGAUAAAUUGCACUUAAUUUACAGUGUUAAUGCAAAUUCGUAUAAAAAAUACAGGAGAGCGUAUCUUACAAAAAAUUAUUUCUAUAUGGAUGAAGAAGACAAAAAUAUUUAUUUUUUCACUGAUAAAUAUGAAAAUAUAAAAAGUUUUAAAACUUAUGAAAAACUUAUACAUGAUAUACAGGACGAUUUAAUAGUUAUCAGAACAAUAAAGGAAAAAAUCAAAAGCAGACAAACAAUGCUUGAAAAAAUGGAAGAGCAAAUUGAAAUUUUGACGAGUAUUUUCUCAGAAAUAAAACAAAAAUCAGUACAAGACAACAAUAUCAUACCUAAUAUUCAUAUUUUACACUUUAGUUCAUCUUAUGAAAAUAUGCAGAAUUAUGAAUGCGUUCAGGAUUUUGAAAAAAAUUUAAACAACAAAAAUGUUAUUUAUACCAAUAUAUUGAGCGAUAUCAGAUACUCUUUUGAGCAUAAUACAAACAUUUCUGAACAUAACAGUGCGUCCUUUUUUUAUAAUUAUGUAAAAUGUGAUCAUGAAAAGUGUAAAGAUGCAAUGAAAUUUGUAGAUGAAGUGCUAAAAUUUUAUGAAAGGAAAAAUCGUCUUAACUCAGAGGAAAUAAAAAGCUCGAAAAAUAGUUCUCACAUAAUAAUUCCUUAUGAAAAAAAAAAAAAAAAAAAAAAAGAUGACCUUUUUUUCGAUAUGCAUAGCUCAACUGUUAUAGACAUCAGUCAAGACAAAUGUAAUCAUAUAUCAUGUCCACAAAAUUCUUUUUGUUUUAUUAAGGAUUAUAAAGAAAAAUGUUAUUGUUUUCUUAACUAUACUAUGAUUGGUGAUAAUUGUUAUUUAAACGAACAAAAUUCAUGUGCCGUAAAUAAUGGAGGGUGUGAUAUAAAGGCAAAAUGUCAAUUAACAAACACCAACAUAAAUUGUGUUUGUCCCACAGGAACAAAAUCAAUGCAUGAUGGAGUUUUAUGCAAUUUUUCUCUUUAUAAACUAAUUUCAAAUAUCAUUAUUCUUUUUAUAUUAAUAUAUACUGCUUCAUAA